CUUGCUGACGGGAGCCAAACCCCACCACCUAGUCUGCCGGAGCUGCCCUUAAAAUGAGUAAGAAUGGGUUUGGGAGCCAUGGUGGCAUCUCUGCUGCAGGCGGAGCCGUCGGAAGCAAUGACCCACCGUCUCAGGGCAGGGCAGCCCUUGCUUUUAAGUCCAUACGAUACAGGUCCCGAAUCCAGGAAAUUAUACCUUGCUGUGUAAACCAGCUUCUCACCUCCACUGUGAUUGAUAAUGUAUUCAUGAUUAGGGGAAUCGAGGUUUCCCAAGUCUCUAUCGUGGGGAUAAUCAGGCAGGCAGAGACGGCCGAAAACUACGUUCUUUACAAGAUUGAUGAUAUGACCGCCAAGCCUAUCAAGGUCCGCCAGUGGGUCGGCAGAGAUAGAGCAAAGCAGGGGAUAACUCUCCUUCCAGUGGGAGUAUACGCCAAAGUGUUAGGUAUCCUCAGAUGUUUUGCGGAGGUGAAGAGCCUUGAGGUGUUGAAAAUCCGUGUCCUGGAGGACAUGAACGAGUUCACCACACAUAUUCUAGAAACGGUUAACGCGCACAUGAUCCUGGAUAAAGCGGCCUCUGGGCAAAGUGUCCCUGUUGUUUCCUCAGAAAAGGAUGAGGCCCAGAUGCAUAGCGAGUACCACCCCGACUUCAUCCGGAAGGAGGUGCUGCGUUUGAUUCACGAGUGUCCUCGACAGGAAGGCAAGAGCGUUUGUGAGCUCCAGACCGAGCUUAGCAAUCUGAGCAUCGGGACCAUCAAUCAAGCCAUUGAGUAUCUGACUGUCGAGGGCCACAUCUACUCCACUGUGGAUGGGGAGCAUUUUAAAUCUGCUGAUUGAAGCAGCGAGAACUUUUGUCAUUUUCUGAAGACCCUGCCUCCAGUUGUGACUGAGUUUGACUGUUUGACUUUUAGUAAGUAGAUUUCUUUAAACAAAAGAUUGGAACUGGCAUCCUUUUGGAACUUCACUGCUUUUCCAACUGCUUUGAACUUCUCUAUUUUUCUAACUAUAUUUGAAGCUCAGAGGGAGAUGGCGAUGGAUAAAUUGACUGGCCUUUUUGUAGAGUUUACCAGCAAGCAAAUGAAAACACUCUUGGACGGAUGAUUUUGGGGGAGAAAAGGUAUAGAAAAAGUUGAAAAUUAUUAGUUGCAUGGGAGCUUCUUCUGAAAUACCUACAUAUUAGGAGAAAGUAGAUGCAGUCAAGGAGCCAGUUAAGAGACAAAAAAAAAUUCUGUUGUUUUUACAUUAGACUUAUUUUCUAUGUUUGGAUUUAGCAUAUUAUAGUCAUAUUAGUAUCUCUUGCGAAAUAUAGUAGUUGAUUAAUUCAGAUGUGCUAAAGAUAGCAGUUUAUGAAUUCAGUUCAAAUGUUCAUUUAGUGAUUUGCUCUUAUACUGUAAGUUUAUGUUUUUUAAAAGAUAAGAUUAUACUAUGUUUAAAUGGGAGGGUCAGCUUUGACUUUUUUUCUUAAAAUAUGAUUAAUGAUUGUUUCAAAUACAAUAUGGAGAUAUUUGGAUUAAAUUACAGUCUCUUGUAGUUGCAUAGUACACAGAUACCAGACUGUAUGUAAGUUUCAUGUUCUGAUGUAUUAUUUAUAGUACUAAAUGCUCUGUUUUAUGCAU